AUGUCGAAUAUCGAUCCGAAGACGGCAACGGCUCUCGGAUCUCUCACUGAAUUUUUUAAUGCCUGCCCUUCACCGCAAUACACUGAUAUCUCUGGCUCGUGGGCGAUCAUUUUCUCAAGUCGACAAUUAUUGCAAACAUUGUUUCAGGAUAUCGAUGAGACUGUCGACCGUUUAAUGGCAAAACAAUUUCUGAGCUCACGCAAAACCCUGGGAUCUCUGUUUCGUGAAGAGGCUCGAGUGGAAUGUGCCACGAUUCAAGUGAGCAAUGAUGGUUCGUUCGAGUUGUCGUAUCUGGGCGACGGGGGUCCGAAAUCGAUAAUCGGGCGAGUGAAUGUGAAUCGAGAUGAGACAAUGACAUGGGAAUUCGCACCGACUGUUCGCACGGAAUUUACCGUCAUCUACACAUCACAAGUGGCCGAAGCAACGCGGAGGGAUGUCGUCAUUUUGGCUCAAACGGAUUCUUUUCCAAAAUGCGAAAAUGUACUCGUUUUGGCGAGAACCCGAACACUCUACGAAACAAUCUACGCGCAAUUGGCUCAGUCCGGUCACAACACAGCCUCCAAUCCGAUCCUUUCAAUCGAGUGCCAGAUGCUUCUCGGCCCAAAUCCCACUCAAAAUCCGAUCGCUCCAAAUGCGAUGGGCGCACCAAUGAAUUCACCAAUGAUCAAUCCAAUCAUUCGACCAAUGCCC